GAGUUGGCAGCCCUGGAAACAAACCAUCACAACAAUAACAGACAAGUGUCCUCAGGGAAGCAGCUUUCAUGUGUAUAGAAUCAAUUUAAAAUUAAAUACAGAGAAGCAAAUUAUGCUUGGGGAAAAAGCUCUUGAACUUAUAAAGGAACUGGACAGGUGUAAAGAUGGCCAGCUACCUGCUUUUAAUGAGGACAUCAUCAGAAUGGUACUGGAAGAGAUGACAACACUCUUUGAACAAAAUCAGCGGGAUGUGAAUGCAACAGUAGCUGGUGAUGUACGUUUCUUUUCUGGGGUUCACCUGCGACAUGCUGCUCUAGAGAGGAAUAAGAGAUGUUUGCUGGCUUACUUAUACAACAGGUUAGACAGAAUUAAAGCUAUGAGAUGGGAAUUUGGCAGUAUUCUACCUGCUGACAUACGGGCAAAUAUUUGUGAACCUGAGAUUCAGUGGUUUAACAGGUACAACAAGAAUCUGGCAUCAUACAUGAGGUCGCUGGGUGAAGGCACUGGCUUAGACCUAACACAAGACACAAAACCACCAAAAAAUCUUUAUGUUGAGGUACGCUGCCUUAAGGAUUAUGGUGAAUUUGAGCUCGAAGAAGGAGACAUUGUUGUUCUACAGAAAAACACCACCCAUUAUCUUCCCAUGUCUCACUGUCAGCAUCUAAUCCGACAAGGCAUCCUUGAACAAGUAGAAUGAUGGUACAAAUUUAAUAUGCCUUAAAAUCAUAUAGCUAUCCAAAAUGAUGGUAUAAAUUUGAUAGGCCGUAUAUGUCGGCUUAUAAGACAGAAUUUGAACCUUAAAAAAUCAGCCCAAACUUAGGGGUCGUCUUAAACGCCGGGUAUAAAAUCCAAACCUCUACAUCCUGUGGUUUAGUGUAUAUAUUAAAAUAAUAACAAAUGUAUUAUAAACCUGUCUAACAUAUUGUAAAUGCCGUAAAAUAACAACAUAAUAAAAGCUGGUAUUAUUACUCACCGCCCUCCAUCUGCAACUGCCGCCGAAGUAAACAAACAACCGUCUUUAAAUACCAGUACGGUAUUUAAAGACAGUUUCUUGGAUAGGCUCAAGUUGCCAUUCCUUCAUAAGCAGUAGCACUCUCUACGGGUGAACAUUAUAUUAAUAUCCAGCUACCAUAAAACCCCAUCAUGGCUCUAAAUU